GUUUUCAGUUUUCGAACGAACAAAGGAGUUGGAUACAGUUGUUAUUUUAUGGGGAACUGCUUGGUGGUGAGUAGUAUGCGAUCGCCAGGCAAAGAGGUGGCUCGUUGUAUUCGACAGGAACUCUCGCCGAGGAAGUUGGUCGUUUGGUCAUUUCUCGUUGAUUCAAUUUUGAUAAGCAUCUUAAUUUCUGAUAGGUUGGUGUCAACAACGGAUCAGUUCGAUAAGUGCACAGUGGGCUGUGGACCGGACGGUGAGGAGUCGUUCUGUGGUCAAAUCGCGGCCAUUUACGUUUUCGGCGAAUCGAUCACUCUGCAACAAGCGAAUUCACUCUAUUGUCUAGGUGCCAUUUAUCAGAGUAACUUCAAACACGAUGCAGAAUCGGAUCUGCCAGAAGGAUACAAAAAGGUUUGCAUUUUUAGCUCUGAUCAUUUGCUUUACCUAUUCUAA